AUGAUGGUCCGAUUUUGUCCAGCAAAAGUCUAUGAAUUUAUUGAUAAAAAUGAAGGCAAAAAGUUAUAGAUAAAUGCUUAAAAUUGUCUACAUUGUAAGACUUAUUACAUCAAGAUUCCCAAAGAUUAUAUUAGAUGGACUGUUCCAGAAGCAGGAGGAGGACUAAACUAGUAAUCAACUUAAAUUGUAUUUAGUUGUGGCAUGUGA